AUGAUUAUUGAAGGAGUUCCCACGCGUCCGGAACCCGUUGACUCGGAGGCCGGAUCGGGAUGGAAGGAAAAGGAGUUUGAAAAGGACAUGCCCCAGUAUCAGGAUGCAUUUGGUGACGAGACCAACGCGGAGGUGAAAUACAAGACCAUGGAGUGGUGGCAAGCUGGAAUGUUUAUGAUCGCUGAGUCCGUUUCACUCGGUGUUCUGUCUCUCCCUGCGACUCUCGCCUCGCUCGGUCUUGCGCCGGCUCUCGUUCUCAUUAUCGGCCUUGGUCUUCUUGCCACAUAUACUGGAUAUGUCAUCGGACAGUUCCAUCAACGCUAUCCCCACAUCCAGAACCUUGCCGAUGCCGGCGAGGUUCUCUUUGGCGCGUUCGGACGCGAGCUUUUCGGUAUUGGUCAGCUCCUGUUCUCGAUCUUCAUCAUGGGUAGCCACAUCUUGACCUUCAGUGUCAUGAUGAAUACGAUCACCGAGCACGGCACUUGCACCAUGGUUUUCACCACCGUUGGUUUUGUGAUCUGCAUGGUCUGCUCGCUGCCCCGUACCAUGAAGAACAUGACAUACAUUUCCUGCGCUUCUUUUGUCAGUAUUUUCACUGCUGUUAUUGUUACCAUGAUCGGCGUCGGUAUCCAGGGUCAGACUGCCCCUAUCAAGGCCACCAUCGACACCGAUUUGUUCCAUGCCUUCACUGCCGUCACAAACAUUGUCUUCGCCUACUGCGCCCACGUCGCUUUUUUCGGUCUUCUGGCUGAGAUGCGCGAGCCCCGUGACUUCCCAAAGGCACUGUACAUGCUGCAGACCUUUGAGAUCAUAUUUUACACCGUUGCGGCUAUCGUCAUCUACUACUAUGCCGGUCAGAGCGUUACUUCCCCGGCCUUGGGAUCCGCCGGUCCAGUCUUGAAGAAGGUUGCUUAUGGAAUCGCCAUCCCGACCAUUAUUGGAGCUGGUGUCGUCAACGGCCACGUCGGAUUGAAAUACAUCUACGUUCGUCUGUUCCGUGGUACCGAUCGCAUGCACCGUCGCGAUCUGACCUCUUACGGCUCCUGGGUGCUUAUCGGUCUGAUCUGCUGGAUCAUUGCUUGGAUCAUUGCCGAUGCCAUCCCCGUCUUCAGCGACUUGCUGAGCUUGAUCAGCUCUCUGUUUGCUAGUUGGUUCAGCUACGGACUCGCCGGUGUGUACUGGCUUCACAUCAACCGAGGACAGUGGUUCUCUUCCCCACGCAAGAUCGGCCUCACUAUUCUGAACACCUGCAUCGUUCUUAUCGGUGCUUGCAUGUGCGGUCUCGGCCUUUACGUCUCCGGCAAGGCCAUUCACGACGAUGCCUCCAACAACGCAUUCUCCUGCGCCAACAACGCGGAGGUUUAA